UGCUCCGCGGGCUCAGUCCGCCCGCCGCUGCGUCCCGGGCCGCAAGUUGGCUUCUUGGCGGCCCCGUGGGCCGGGGUGCGGAGCCGACAUGCGCCCGCUGCUCGGCCUGCUUCUCGUCUUCGCCGGCUGCACCUUCGCCUUGUACUUGCUGUCGACGCGACUGCCCCGCGGGCAGAGACUGGGCUCCACCGAGGAGGCUGGAGGCAGGUCACUGUGGUUCCCCUCUGACCUGGCAGAGCUGCGGGAGCUCUCUGAGGUCCUUCGAGAAUACCGGAAGGAGCACCAGGGCUACGUGUUCCUGCUCUUCUGCAGCGCCUACCUCUACAAACAGGGCUUUGCCAUCCCUGGCUCCAGCUUCCUGAAUGUUUUGGCUGGUGCCUUGUUUGGGCCAUGGCUGGGGCUUCUGCUGUGCUGUGUGUUGACCUCGGUGGGUGCCACAUGCUGCUACCUGCUCUCCAGUGUUUUUGGCAAACAGCUGGUGGUGUCCUACUUUCCUGAUAAAGUGGCCCUGCUGCAGAAAAAGGUGGAGGAGAACAGAAACAGCUUGUUUUUUUUCUUACUGUUUUUGAGACUUUUCCCCAUGACACCAAACUGGUUCCUGAACCUCUCGGCCCCGAUUCUCAACAUUCCCAUCAUGCAGUUCUUCUUCUCAGUUCUUAUCGGUUUGAUCCCAUACAAUUUCAUCUGUGUGCAGACAGGCUCCAUCCUGUCAACCCUAAGCUCUCUGGAUGCUCUUUUCUCCUGGGACACUGUCUUUAAGCUGUUGGCUAUUGCCAUGGUGGCAUUAAUUCCUGGAACACUCAUUAAAAAGUUUAGUCAGAAACAUCUGCAAUUGAAUGAAACAAGCAUUGCUGAUCAUAUGCAUAGUAGAAAAGACACGUGAUCUGGAUUUUCUGUUUGCCACGUCUCUCUGGACUCAGUUGCUUGUUUGUGUAACGGGUGUGGUCCUCUAAAGCCCUUCACUGUUUUUAAUUGCCUUCAGUAAGUGACGUGGACACUGCAUCGAUGUGCGGUGUCUGGUCAUAAAGGACACUCUGCUCUUGAAGGUGUGUUAUAUUAGCUUUUCAGACCAGCCCUGGUGUAGCAGACACUACAAAUGGAUGCCUCCUAGAAAAUGCUGUUUGUGGCUGGGCACGGAGGCUCACGCCUGUAAUCCCAGCACUCUGGGAGGCCGAGGCA